CGUAGGCCCACCAUACCGCAUGGUGGAUAGAUGUUUCCUUUAACUCAACAUUGUAUAAAAUGCUAUAAUUGUGUAUUGUUGUUAUUUUGCAAGGAGCACAACGAUCCUGCGGAGCAGCCAUCUCCAGCCUUGCACACGAAUAUUGGCACAUGCCGUUUAUUGUCUGAACAUCGUUGGAAUACAACUAAAUCGUAAUCCACGCAUCUAAGAAGAAAGUGGAGCUUUCGAUAUUUGCUCCUUGAUAUUAAAGCACUGUCAAAAAUGAAGUGGUCACCAGGUGCUCUGUUCUGUGAACAAGUUGGUGAACUCACUCGAGUGUUCUCCCAGUGGAAUGAGUGCGAACAAACUGUAGUUCUAUAUGCUCUACUUCGUCGCAUUCCUGCAGUUCAAGCAAGGUUUCUUGCGCAAGCAGUACAGCAUUCCUUGCACUCUGUUUCCGAAUUGGACACACAGGAAUUAAAUGCCAAUAAUCCAGCGUUUAUUAACUCGCUGCUCUCAGAAUCGACAGAAGUUGCUAUCAAUCAACUUUUAACGCACUUGCCAUUAUUAAGGCCUGGGAAUGUAGAGUGCAAACAAUGCUACCUAGUAGCUAUACCAGAAUUAGUAAGCCACUGUGUAACUACAGGGCAAUAUACUGAACAAACUCAACAACUUUUAAGUUAUACAUUGAUCCAUCCAGCUAUAACUAGUCAAGAUAGACGUUCUUUGACUCAGUGGCUUCGACAUCUUGAAGAACGUAUUAGCGGUACACCACCGAUACAUAGUCUCGAAGAGUACACCAAUAAUACUGUUAGGUGGGACAAUGCGUGGCAGCGAAAUUCUAAACAGCAACAAAAUGAUCAGACAAAUUUAUUUGGCACACAACCAGGUACUGCCUUCAAUUUGCAAUUUCCUCCGCCCGUAACUCGCCAACGUCGGUCAAAUAGUUUAACACGACCGGUUGCUCCUCCUCAUCAUUUAGAAGUCGUUGAUCGCAGUAAUAACGUAAAUUGCUCAACGGGACACAAACCACGAAGUUUUAGCAUCUCAGGAGACCAUAUGAGCAAUCUUAUUGGAUUAAGUCCAUUGAGUCCUCAGAGCUCCUGUGCAAGUAGCGGUAGCGAAGGGCGUUUAGACGAAGCUUCUAAUCUAUCACUUGCUAGUGGUAUGAGAGACGUUCCAUCAUGGCUUAAAACCUUACGUCUUCAUAAAUAUAGCUAUCUAUUUGUUACUCUCAGUUAUGAAGAAAUGCUUCAACUGUCAGAGGAUCAAUUAGCUGAGCAAGGCGUGACAAAAGGGGCUAGACACAAAUUGGCCCUUUCCAUUGCGAAAUUGCAGCAGCGCUACUCGACGCUUUUAAAUUUAGAAAAAGACUUACUUCAACCAACGCGCGACAGUACACAAUCAGCAUCGUUUUUACAAGGACCAACAGUACUGGUCAACACUAUCGACGAAUUGAAAACAAUCUUAGCUACGCCUAUGAAACCAAGCCAAGAAAAAGAUCCUCAAGACAUACCUGCGCAAUUCACCAAGGUUCUUGGAAAAUUGUGUAGCAGAAUGGCAUUGGAUAGCGUGGAUGAUGGCAUUUUGUGCGCUUGUAUUAACAUAUUAGAGAAAGUAUUGCAGCAUGAUUGCUUUACUCCAAAUCAGAAGGAAAAGGUACAACAAUGGCGCAGCAGACUCGGAAAUCCACGACCUACUCCAAAGUGGCAACAUAAUUACGGAUAUAACAACAGAAGAUACUGUAACCCGCAACAGCACAAUAGAAAGCCAAGUUUGAACUUGGGACACAUUCAUAAUACGCAUCCGCAAAACAAUUCAUUUGUGGUUAGCACCCACAGAAACAGUAUAUCGAUUCCGUAUUUACAAAAUAAUCAGAACCAAAGUGUAAAUCAGAAUACUUUACGUUCAGUUCAUGCAACCGAGAAACGACCUAGCUUACAAGAAUCUAGUUUACAGCAGUUACAAAGAACGUUGCAACGCACGUAUAGUGCGCCGAGAGAUCAUUUUCUUGGACAAUCUGGGAACACAUCGGAAACAACGGAGCCGGAGAUCAAUUCUCGUCUAGAAUCUCUUUGCUUAAGAAUGACAGAACAGGCGAUCGGCGGUUUCGGUGAGGCCUAACGAAUUCUUCGUUUCGUUGACUGCAUCUACACAGUAAGUCCUGUUUGAAAAGGAAAUUUCUAUAAAGGUGAUACGCGUGUCUGAGCUCCGUUUUUUUUCAAAGCUGACAAAGCAAGACUGACUUCUGUAGAUCUUGCAAACAAAGAGACCGACAGCGACAAUGAUAGUGCUGACAGUUGCGCGUGUCUCACGUGCACACAUUCACGCUUUAAAUAGCCCUACCAAAUGAAAAAUGUCCGACAUUUGAGACAUUACCAAGGAAACUCAGUUCGCGACGUUUGAACGACUCGUGAGAACAAACAAAAAAAAAAAAAACAAGAAAAUAAAAAAAAAAUAAUAUUUUUUAUUAUACCCGAUGCAAUUAUACUAUUUAAUGAAACUGACAGAAUUUGGCAAGCCAAAUGCUAUUAGGAAGAUAGAUUCUUUCCUUGACUAUUUGUUGCAUCUAUAUAAAUGUAUUAUAUAAAGAAUAUAUAUGUAUACACAUAUGAUAGAAUUUUAUGGGAAGCGGAUUAAAUCGUAUAACAUAUAUAUGUGAAAGAGAAAAAAAAUGGGGAACGAAAAAGGUACACCACAUUAUUGUGCGAUGUUUGCAAUAUUAUUUUUCGUGUGUUAUCCAUUUCGGGAAAUGGAAUUCGUCUGAUUUUAAGCGCCAGGACACAUUAUACUAAUGUAAUGUAAUUCAUUUUAAUGAACUGACUGAUUUUACUUCUUUUAUCAUUAUUAUCAUUAUGUUUAUUCUGCUCUUAUUCAUCUAUCGCCGCUAUUGCUAAUUAUCAUUGCUAUUUUCUAUUAUUUUCAUUAACAGCUUUGCCACCAUUUGACCAUUAGCAUCGUCAUUUACUAUUCACCAAUACUAUUAUUACUAUCAUUAUAGUUACUGCUAUUAUUAUUACUAUAUAAACUCUUAUUACCGCUGCUGUUGCUACCAUUUCUUCUACUACACGACUAACAAACGCCAUUAUCCGUAUGCUUUUAACGCUGUUAAUACUUUUUAUCCUCUGUCGUUGCUGCUGCUUCUAACUAUUACCAUCUACCACUAUGCUAUUACUAUUCCUACUACUCUACCACUAGUAGUGUCACUAUUCUACUACAAGUACUGCUAUUACUACUAUUAUACUAUCUCCACUAUCACUGUAUUAUUACUGUAAUUCUCCCUAUGGAGGAAUCAUACUUAACAAACAAAAAAAAAAGUUUGACAGUUCGUUACAUGCUUUAAAAGAGGGGGUGGGGAGGUGGGGGUGAAAAAAAGAAACGAACAACG